ACGAAUGUCCACUGACGUUUACAACAAAAUCAAGACCUGUGAACGAUGUGUAAAAAGGAAAACCUUACCAGAACAUGCUGCACCUCUCGUUAACAUCAAGACAUCAAGACCCCUAGAGUUAGUGUGCAUGGACUUCCUGUCUCUGGAGCCAGACCGCAGAGUGAAAGAUAUUCUCGUGAUUACAGAUCACUUCACAAAAUAUGCUGUUGCUGUUCCAACACCAAAUCAGAAAGCUCGAACUGUUGCUAAAUGCUUGUGGGAAAAAUUUUUUGUCCACUAUGGCAUUCCAGAGAGGUUACACAGUGACCAAGGACCGGAUUUUGAGUCCCGUACCAUCAAAGAACUGUGUGAUAUUGCUGGCAUCCAUAAAGGAAGGACAACUCCUUAUCACCCUAGAGGUAACCCUGUGGAAAGAUUCAAUCGCACAUUGCUUAACAUGCUAGGGACAUUAAGUGAGCAGAAUAAAUCUCGAUGGAAAGAUUUUGUAAAACCCCUUGUUCACGCAUACAAUUGCACUAAAAAUGAUGUCACUGGAUUUUCUCCAUACGAACUAAUGUUUGGUCGCCAACCUCGUCUUCCCAUAGAUGUGGCUUUUGGGUUACCACUGGAAGAGGACACCUCCACCUCUCACCUACAGUAUGUCCAAAGACUGAAAACGCAUCUGCAAGACAGCCAUCAGUUGGCUGCGGAAAACUCAGAGAAGGUGAUGUCCCGCAAUAAGACCUCUUUUGAUCGGCGUAUCACCACUUCUGAACUUGCUGUAGGCGACAGGGUCCUUGUUAGAAACGUCCGACUGAGAGGAAAGCACAAAUUGGCUGACAAAUGGGAACCUGACAUAUAUGUAGUGGUAAAGAGGGCUGGCAACCUCCCUGUUUACACUGUAAAACCAGAGAACCAGGAUAAACCUCUCAGAACACUCCAUCGUGAUCUUUUGUUGCCUUGUAAUUACCUAGCUGAACGGAGUCCUGUAAAAAACUUACCUGUAAAGAGGAAAAAGCACCUGCCUGUGAACUUACCUGACCCUGAUAAUGAAGAUGCAUCAGAAGAUGAGAUCAUCUCACCUCUGUAUGAUCCUUCUUCCUUCGAGCUUGUGAAAUUCAUCACUGUUGUUAAUUCACCAGUACCUCCUGUCCAGCAAUUUGUUCCACCUGCAGACCUACCUGAAGUUCCUGAUCAGCCCCCAUCCUCUGCUGCAGAAGAGGAGGAGGAUUUGGAACAGGAACUCCCAGUUGUCACAGAGGAACCAAGGGAAUUUCAACCUGUGGACAGAGAGGCAGUAAACAUCAGUUCAGAAACUAAUGAUUCUGCAGGAGAUGCUGCUGGAGAUCCUGCUGCUGAGGGAGGUCCUGAGCCUGUCACUCCAGAGCCCUCCACCAAUAAUAUGGAACCAGAAGUGGACUUAAUUGUUCAAACAGAACCAUCAAGCCCUGAAACAGAAUCAUCAAGUCCCGAAACAGAACCAUCGAGUCUUGAGGGAGAACCAUCUUUGCGGAGGUCAACCCGAGCAAGAAGACCACCAGAACGUUUACAGUACUCCCAACUCGGUCACCCGUUGUUGAAGAGUAUCCAGUUGUUGUUUCAUGGACUGACCACUGCAUUUACACAUGCUCUUGAAGGGACUGAGGAUGAUGAACACAUGACUGUUCCUGGUAUUAUCCAGCCAGCCAUCCAGACUCAACCUGGUCCAUGUACGGGGACGUGCAUGGGAUCAGGGGGGGAACAUGUAACCCACGUGACCGCCACGCCCCAACCACCUUCCCUUUAAGCCGUCCCUUUAACAGCUGGGACCCUCAUGUGUAUUUCCGGGUUUCCACUGUGCUGCUGCUCACUGUGAGUUGUGGCGUUGGUUGUUAAUAAAACAAUCUCAAAUCUCCAACUCGACUCAUCGCUGAACGAAUUCAUCUCUAAAACUCGAGGAUCUGCGGUUGGGCUUUGUUGAUGCCUGGUUUACCUUCUGAUGAGAACAAGUAACAUCCACUUCCUCAGACAGUCCGUUACUCGACGGUGAGUAAAUAUUCAUCCAUAUAUGAUGGGGCGUUAUUUCCGCUGUACGCCGCCAGUUAGCAUUAGCUACCAACUCAACAAUCAGUUGCCACAUCAGCUCAGUCCACUUACUAAUAACUUACUUAAUAAAAAGUCACACUGUUAAAGCCGAAUUAAAGGCCACACCUUUAAUAUUUAAAGGCUUCUCUUUCAACUUUAGAUUUGAUUAUUUUUCAUGAUUUCUUUGUUUAUUGUUGUAUUCCAUGCUGGUGCAUCAAUGAAGUCUGGUACCUAAUAUGAUUUUGUUUAUAGCUACUUUGAUCAAUCACAUUCUUAAAGUUGAUUGAUUUGAUUUAUUAUUAGCUGUUCGUAGCGACUGCUAAUUACCUUGAGAAAUUUUGAACUUGAAUUAUGAAGUGCACUUUUCUUUUUAAAAGGAUUUUUUUUCCCCUCUCAUUUUUAUAAUAUAUGAAGUGGUUGUCAAUACAUAGCAGUAUGUAUUUGGUUUUUUCCCCAUUUAGCUUAUAUAAAUAUAACAUUUAUAGAUGAACUUAAUGUAUGUUUUCUGGCCUUUUAGGUCAGGUUUUUUUUUUCUUCCCCUUCAUCGACUCGCUUGCUGACGGAGGAUGGCGAGCUACUCACACACCACCUGGUGGUAGGAAAAAGAAAGACACUCUCCACACAGGAAAACCAAACAACACUUUCCAUACAGGAAACAAAAUAAACUCUAAGGGAGUAUCUAAAGGAAAAGAACAAUUCUCCCGUUGCUCUUGGACUUUUGAACUACAUUUGGUUUUGAAGUAUUAUUGAUUAUUUUAUUUUGGGUUUGUUCUUUUU